GGAUUUAACAAAGCAACCCGGUCACAUUUUCCAUCAAUUCGUUUUUCACUUCCAACAAACUGCAAGCAAUGGUGCGUACUCGUGGAGAAUCUACCGUGCUCCUGGUCGGAACCACCAAUCCGGAGCCGCUGGGCAGGUUACCGAAGCUGCCAACGGUCCGGGAAACUCUGCAGCGGUGCUUGCAUCUGGUACGCGAACACAACAGCGUGGACGCGGCGCUCACGAUUACGACCGAUGAGUUGCUGGACAUUUGGGGGAGAACGACGCUUCCGCUGCGGCAGAAGAGUAACGUGAAGAGGGCUCUGCGCAAGCUUCACCAGGAGUUGGGAUUAUGCAGGAAGAACAAGACGAAGGAAACCGCACGAAAAAAGAAGUUCGCGGGGAAGUUGGACACCCUGCUGGACAUUUCUCGGGCCAAGUUGGAAGCAGUUGACGAGCGGGUGAUGGAGUUCCUCGAGGAUCAAAGAGGUCGUCGCAAAUUCGGCCUAGCCGUUAUUGACGGUGCCGUCACAAGGCGGGAGAGGUCAUCAGUGGGAGAGUCGGAGGCAGAUUCUGGCGAUCGAGCUGCAGGAUCCGUCGAAAGCCUUAAUCCGGAUGAUGUGCCCGAGAAUCCACAGCGAUGGGAGGACCAUUUCGUCGAGAGCAUGCAGGCUGAAUAGUCAAAUUCAGCCAAAGCAACCCGGUGACCGUUUUUAUCUAUUGCAUUUUCUUAGUCAUGCUGAUGUAACAUAUGAUAUUCUAUGCAAGAUUUUCAAAUAUAAAUAAAGAAC